AUGAGCUUCCCAAACGAGACCUUCUUCCGACGUUUGGUUGAAUUCGCCAAUGGCCCAACCCGCGUCAUUAUUAGUGAUGAUAUCUCAGGCAUUAAGGUCACCUAUCAACAGCUGUUGUCGGCAGUGCUUCGAUGCCGGCAGGUUCUGCAGCAGCGACUGCCUCAUAUCGCCUUAGAUAACACCAAGAUGCUUCAAACACCUAUGAGUAUCGGUAUCCUCGCCCCAGCAAGUGUAGAAUUUGUUGUGGCAUUUCUUGCAAUCUUGUCCCUCGGUGGUACUAUUGUUCCUCUAUCCACAGCCGAAUCUGCUGAAGCAACCUGGGACCGAAUUGCUAAAUGCAAUGCGGAGUGUGUUUUAUAUAGUCCACAACAAGCUGAGCUCAUGUGGCUCAUUCGACGCCGAGCUCUUCUGACCACUGGCAAAGAGAUUUACUCUGUAGCAAUCAGUGCUCAUGCGGGCAACACCUCACCAAGUCUUCAAUUUGCCGCAGAUCAACCGACAAACUUCUCAUCCACACGUACUGCUCUUCUCCUCUUUACCUCGGGAACUAUGGGCCCGCCCAAAGGAGUCCUCCACUCGCGCCAAUUCUUCAAUGCCGACGUGGACCCCAUAGGCACAGAGGCAGAUGCUCUACUCUUCACCCGAGCAGCGGGCUAUAUCGGCUCCAUCCGCCUGAUGGUCAACAUGUUAAUGCGAGGUAUUCGCAUUGAGCUUUGGCCAUACUUGGUAGACGCGGACAUGAUCUGGGAGCGUCUGCGCCAGGGCGGAAUCACCGUACUACAUCUUCUGCCGACCACCUGGCGGAGUUUGAUGCUCGUUUACCGCGAUAAAUUAAGCAUGCUGCCCUCUAUAGAGCGGGAAAAGUACUGCGCUGGGGCACGUCAACUGCGUGAAGCAACCGCUGGUGGUCAAGUGAUGCUGCAGGAGGUCAAAUUAUUUUGGCGAGACAUGCUGAGUGGGCGAUGCGUGACUGUCAUCUAUGGCGGGACAGAGAUGGGAAUUUCGCCUUUCAAAGCGUUAGGAGAUGAUUCCCUCGUAGAGCGGAGUAUCGGGAAACCUCUGUCGGGUAUAGAGUUCAAGCUGAGUGAGGGCGACAAAGGAGAAUACCUGGAUAACCCCGAGGCUACACGCAAUGCCUUUGAUGACGAUGGAUUCUUCCGCACCGGCGAUAUCAUCCGCUACAACGGCAGCGCGUAUGAGAUUGAAGGUCGGGCAGAAUGUGACUUUAUUCCUACCUUUGGAGGCAGAGUAUCAGCGCCCAAGAUCUGUAAGGCUCUUCUUGACCUGCCCGAGGUGGCAGAAGGCCAUAUCUUCGCGGUUCCGGACCCCAAGUACGUCAAUCAUGUGGCGGCUUUGGUGCGUCUACACCCUAGUACCACUCUUUGUCAAGAAGGUGGCACGUUGAAUCUGACCACCUUACGACGUGAUCUGGCGCAUUCACUUACAGAGCACGAGCUACCGACUCUGCUCCGGCUUGUGGGAGCUAUGGAGGAUGUUCCACGGGGAGUAUCGGGAAAGCUGAUGUACAAGAAAGCCCGCGAGCAAUUCUUUCCGCCGGGAUCAGCAUCUCUACCAGACGUGGAGAGGCUUGAGUGA